GACAGCCAGACCUAUUAAUAAAACUGUUCUUUUAAGGAUUAAAGGUAUUUUUCAUUCAUGAUUCCCCUACAAUUAAGUGUUGUACGUACUUUUAAAGAAUUGUGCCUUUCAUGAAGGUCCUUGUUCCACAGAUUUUACCGAUGGUUUUUUGUUUUGUUUUGUUGGGUUUUACGUCGUACCGACACAUAUUAAGGUCAUAUUGCGACUUCCAGCUUUCAUGAUGGAGGAAGACCCCAGAUGCCCGUCCGUGCAUUAUUUCAGACACGAGCGGGCAUCUGGGUAGAACCACCGAUCUUCCUUUAUAUAGCUGGAUAGCUUUCUCACAUGAAGAAUUCUACACCCCAAGCUAGGUUUCGAACCUACAUCGAUGAGGGUCAAGUGAUUCAAAGUCGGCGACUCUAACCACUCGGCCACGGAGGGACCCUUACCAAUGAUUGAUAUAUGUGCUUUGAAUAAAUGAAGCUGUAUUUGCAGCCAUUUACUGGUGUGCUAAAUUUUUAAAUACUUGAUUGCAAAUACAUUUCAUAAAGUUGACUGAUAGACUUGGAAUAAAAAAACAACAAAUGUUACUAACGUUUAGUAUAAAUCUUUUGUAGACAUUUUGAACUCGGAUUUGUAGUGCAUAUUAGCUGUGUAGAUAAUAUUAACUUUGACUUGUAGUUCACAAAGUAAUUCACAGUGACGCUUUUCUUGUCACCUGUGCAUAAUGCAAUGGCGAUCCUUGAACAUUUGUAAGAAUAAUGAUGCGCUAAUGUCCUGUAAUUGCACUGCGUGGGUACGGAAAUUAUACAUUUUGUUGUUUUCGCAAAUAAUUAAUUUCUGCAUUUUUUCAUUCGUAUAUGCUGAAAAAGUAAUUAUGAUCGUGGUGUAGUCUGCUACGCUUUCUAGUGCUAGAUAAAUUUUUCACUUUUAAUGAGAUCCGCUUAGCUUUCAGAUAAUAAUUAAGAUGAAAGUCUACCAGUGUUUGUCUUGUGUGGUUGCUUUUUUCAUUUCACCCGGGCAUGACACCUUGUAGAAAUGCUACGCUCUUCUUGAUUAUUGUCUUAAAAUUGAGCGGAUCUCUGUGAAAAUAUCUGUAAAAGUCGUAUCUUCAUAGACUUGCUUACUACAGUACUAAAAAGUGAAACGUUGAGGCAAUUGCGGUUGGCCAUGUGUUUUAUUACCGAACAGCUAGGGAUGUUUAACCUUGAAAAAAAAAAAUUUGACAACACCGAUCCCUAUCAAUGCAUACAUGUUAAUGAUAGCUAAAAUGUAAGAUAUAAGGUGUAGUACUUAGUGGUGUGAAUACAUUACAAAUGCAUUAUAUUUGCAUUUUAUCAAAAAUGUUUUGUUUCGUAGAAAAAAACCUCUCGCUCUGUAAAAAUCUGUAAAAUGACGUGUCAUUUUUCAGACACUUUAUAUCACGGCCAUGCAGGUUUUUUAACUCAUAAAUAUCAAGAUCAGAAAUGACUUAAGCGCGUAUCUCAUUAAUAUCAAAACCACUGUUUACAACAUAAAAGUAUCAAAUAAGAUCAGAUAUGACUUGAGCGUAUAUGUAUUUAAGGUUAGACAGCAAAUAAUAUCUUGUAUUACCGCGAAACUGAGAUUUGCAAAAAUAACAUAUUUAAAAAUGUCAAAUGUAAAUCGGAUUGGAUAUCAUCUUUCAAAAUAAUUUCAUCAUUUGUCAAGUGCGCAGCUGUGAUUAGGAGCUUUAAUAUGUGCGCAAAAGUUUGAAUAAUUCUAGUUACACAAAACUCUUGGUAUUUUUAUUAUUCAAUCGUUUAUCUAGAUGACAAAAAUAGCUGAUACAUUAAUUUGUAUUAUAUGUGUAUUCGUUACAUAUUAAGGUUGAACUCAUUUUUUUGAGUUAAUGAAAAUGAAAUAUUACUCAUGUUGUGAAAUAAAUAAGUGAGCAGUAGAAUAAUAUUUGACUGUUCUGAAUACAAGCAAACACACUUCAGCUGAAACUGAUUAACUUGUUAAGGUAUGUGCACGAAACAAAUAUGUAAAUAAGUACUAAGUGUUCACUAAUUGUCAUUAGGAAUGGAGCUAACGGCUGCUGAAAAAAUGAUUUUGGGAAUGAUGAGUGCGGACGAACACUCGAUAAAAUCAAAUUUUUUAGUGAAAGAAGUUAAAGAUCGAGGAAGAUCAGUUUUUGCAAGAAAGCAGUUCAAAAAAGGUGAUUUUGUCAUUGAAUAUAAAGGUGUUUGUACAAAAUUUGACCAGGGAGAUUAUUUAAAAAAUGCUCAGUUGUACCAUAAAAAUCAGGAACUGUCGUAUUGUCUUGAGUUCUGGUACAAUGGAGAAAGAUAUUGUAUUGACGCAACCCAGGAUUAUGAACACAAUAUUUCACGUUUAAUUAAUCAUGUUAGAAAUCCGAACUUAAAAUUAUUUCGUCCUUUAGUAAUUAGUCGUGAGGAAAAUCCAAGAAUCGCAAUGUUCGCAGCUAAAGAUAUAGAUGAAGGUGAAGAACUAUUUUGGAAUUACUUUUCUACUUUUGAUCCUGCAAGGUGUAUGUUAGAUAAGACAAACACAUCCGAAAUAAGAUGGACAUAUUCCUACCUCACAAAGUCUGGAAAUAUUAUUAUUAAAGUACCUAAAGGGAAGGGGGCAAACAGAAGUGGCAUUUGCUCUAUAUGCUUCAAAUUUCUGAAAAAACUAUCUAAUCACAUCAUUUCGAUUCACAAAAUUGAAGAUGCAACUGAACGUCGCAGGUUGAUUUCAAAUGGAAGAAAACUUUCCAAAUCGAGCUCUAAUCACAAAAAUACUGAUAAACAGUACAGCCUUACUCGUUGUCCCUUGUGCAGUAAAGUGUUAAAGUAUCUAUCAACUCACUUGAAUAGAAAGCACAGACUCUCAAAAGAAGGAAGAGCAAAAAUCGUAAGUGAAGAGAGAAAAAAGCGCCACUACGACAUUAUUGCUGAAAAGCAGAUACCAUAAAUGCUGAUAAGGGAAAA